AGCUGCAGGCGUCACGUGGUCUUGCAGCCCAGGCAGUUGGAGGAGCGACAUGCAGGCAGGCGGUGGCGGCUGGGUCUGGCUGCCCCUCCUGUGGCUGGUGGGGAGCCGGGCAGGGGAUCCCGCCGGGUAUAAGAGGAAGGUAGGACGGCCCAGGGGCCGGUGGGUGGAUGCCCUCCUUGGAGGAGAUUUAUUUCUAAGGGAUGUUUGAGGGCUGGUUGAGGUCAGCCGCUGCCAGCCUGGGCUGGCUCAUGGUGGCUGGGGCUGAUGGGAGCUGUAGUUGAAAACAUCUGGUGGAGGGGCAGGUUGGCAAAGGCUAGGAGCCUCGGGAGCUGCCUUAUGCAGAGCCAGAGCAUUGGUUUAUCUAGUUUAGUGUUGCCGGCACUGACUGGCAGCAGCAGCUCUCCUGGGUUCUGGCCAGGGGACAUUCCCAGCCCUACCUGCCUUAUACUGACUCAGACCAUGCUCUAUCUAGCUCAGUAUUGUCUACACUGACUGGCAGCUGUGGUUCUCCAGGAUUUGUGGCAGGAAGUCUAUUCCAACCCUACCUGGAGAUGAUGUUGGGGAUUGAACUUUGGAGCUUUUAACAAACAACCCAGGUGCUCUCCCACUGAGCUGUGGCUCCUUCUAGUAUCAUGGAAAGUUGCCUUAUACCAAGUGCGACCAUUGGUCCAUCUAGCUCAGUAUUGCCUGCACCGGUUGGCAGUGGCAUUCUGGGGUUUCAGGCAGGGAUUCUAUUCCAACCCUACCUGGAGAUGCUAUUGGGGAUCGUACCUGGGAUCUUCUGCAUGCAAAGCAAAUGCUCUCCAGCCUUUUUCAACCUGUGGGUCCCUGGAUGUUGUUGAACUACAACUCCCAUCACCCCUAGCUAGCAAGACCAGAGCUCAAGGAUUAUGGGAGUUGUAGUCCAACAACAUCUGGAGACCCACAGGUUGAGAACCGCUGCAAGUCUACCCACUGAGGUGCAGCUGACCCUGAUCAAUGUUGUGUACCCCAGGAAUGGGGUGCCCCUGUGGUCCCCCAGGUGUUGGGCUCCAUUGCCCAUCUGCCUGGCAAUAUAGUUCAGCAACACCUGAAGCUUUAUUUUUACAUGCUAAUUUACACUUAUUAUGUUUUAUUUUCUCUGUUACGCCUGUUGAAGGAAAGGAAAGUGGGGGGCGGGAGAGAGAACGAUCAGUGAAAAUGAGAAAAACAGGAAGAGAGAGGAAAACUGUGCUGUGUUGUGGGUGGAUUUUAGGACUAGGGGAUUUCCAUGUGGACGGCAACUAUUUCGAAGACCCAACUUUGAAUCUUGUUCUGCCAAAUGGGAGCCAGUUGUUGUUUUUAACCACUGUGUGUUUUUAUGAGUUCCAAAUCCUUGCUCCGUCGUAAAGCCCUGCAAGAUUCCUCUUGGGGCUAGUCACCAUUUCUGUUUUAUAUUUUAAUCCUCCUUCCUCUCAGUUGCUCAGGAAGGCAUGGUUUGUGUUAUCCUCACAGCAUCCGCGUAAGGUAGGGCAAGGCAGAAUAGAAGUGCCUGGGCCACAGAGGUCACCCAGUGAGCUUCAUGGCUCAGUGGGGAUUUGAACCUCUAGCCUGACACUCAGUCCACUGAACAAUGCCGGCUCUCCACCUCUGAGCCUGGCCCACCUCGUAAGGUUGUUGUGAGGGUGAGAUAGAAGCAGAGCCAUACAUACGCCACCUUGAGCUUCCUGGGAGGAAGUGUGGGGUUAAAAUACAAAAAAAGGAUGCAUGUGCAUGUUUUUAAAAUGGCAGAUCCAAUCUUGUAAGCUGGGAUUCGCAACUGGAACCAAGACUCUGAACUUUUCGAAGACAGUGUGUUCCUGCAUUGUCUGUUUUUUUGCCUCCCAAAAAUCUUGCGCCAGGGCCAAAUCUGACUUCUGGGAAUCUCCACUUGUUCCUCUGAUCUCUGGAUGGGGCACCGGUGUGUUAGACUUUUCUGGUGCCCUGUUUUUUAUACUGAGGGUGAGGAGAUCAAGCAGGAGUUUCAGACUCUCAAAUCCUGUCUUUGGCCUGUGAAAAAUAUGUAGGUGUGCAUUGGUAUUCCCUGCUUAGAAGCCAGAUCAGGAGUCUGUAGGGACUUAAUUUUUCUCCUGGUGAGGCACUACCACCAAAUUGCAAAGUUAGGGAAUCAAAUCCAUUCAUUUCCUGUCAGUGUUUGGGGUGUAAUAAAACCCACAUUCCAACCUCAUUGCCUGCUUUCCCACUCUACGCUGCUUGGGCUGAGGCAAAUUACAGGUAUGGCUGUGUUUAAAAAAAUACUUUUUUAUUGACGUUUUUAAAACCAAGGCCCAAAAUGUACUGCAGUAAAAAUACAAGGAAGGAAAAUGGUGAUCUUCCCUUAGUUCCGCAAUCACUUUUGGUUUCACAGUACAUUAAUAUUUUUUUAAAAUGGAGAUUUGUCCUUAUUUGCUGGGCUAACAUCAGAAAGAAGAGUAAUAAACACAGUCCUGGACUGCCUUUCUCAAUAUGGUUAGAAAUUCUUUUCUUUAACUUCUAAAAGUUGUCAACCCUAGAAGAAGUUCUUAGUGAGCUGAUAUGUAAGGCAAGUAUUCCUUGCUUUUCAGUUAUGUAAUACUUUCAGUUCAUUCUUUUUUUACAGUGGGAAUUAGAUAUGCUGAUCUAGUCAUAUUUCAGUGUUUUGAAAUGGCCAUUGCCGGCCGGCUGCCCUCCAGCUGUUUUGACAAAGGCAGGCGGGAUUUGCAAUUCAAAACUGCUAGAUCCUAAAUUGGCUUUGGAUUGUAGUUUCCUUUGAAAAUAAACUAAAUGAAGCUCAAAGCACUUUCUUCUCUGACAGUUCUCUACACCAUGGGAGGGAUUUUUGCGUGCCCUCUGUCCCCACCCAGCACCGGCAUGAGUCUCCCAGAAGAUUGCCCAGAUGUGGGAUUGUGGCCCCUGAGCUGCGUGUUGAGUGUUGGGCUAAAACCCUGGGCAAGACCAGGAUUCGAAUCCGCACUCAGCUAUGAAGCUCAUUAGGUGACCUUGGGCCACUCACUGCUUCUCCCAACCUAACCUACCUCACAGGGUUGUUGUGAGGAUAAAAAUGGGGGGGGGGAGAGGACAAUGUAUGCCAUUUCCUACACCUUGGAAGAAAGAAGGUGGGAUGCAAUAAAUAAAUAAGUGAAACACUCUUAGGCCACAGGUAAUGAAAAGCCCAUAAGGGACGCGGGUGGCGCUGUGAGUUAAACCACAGAGCCUAGGGCUUGCCGAUCAGAAGGUUGGCAGUUCAAAUCCCCGUGUCGGGGUGAGCUCCCGUUGGUCUCUGCUCCUGUCAACCUAGCAGUUCGAAAGCACAUCAAAGUGCAAGUAGAUAAAUAGGUACCACUCUGACGGGAAGGUAAACGGUGUUUCCGUGCGCUGCUCUGGUUCGCCAGAAGCUGCUUAGUCAUGCUGGCCACAUGACCGGGAAGCUGUACGCCGGCUCCCUCGGCCAAUAAAGCGAGAUGAGCGCCGCAACCCCAGAGUCGUCCGCGACUGGACCUAACGGUCAGGGGUCCCUUUACCCUUUACCUAAUGAAAAGCCCAAGGCCUGGCAAAAAAGAAGUGUUUAUGCCUGGUGCCUAAAGAUGCGUAAUAAUGACUUUGCCCGGCGUUUGUGAAGCAGAUUUAACACCCUGGUGGGGACACCCAUUUCCAGGUCUCCCUGGAGUAUAACCCGGGCUGGAACAGCUCUGCCGUGAACCUCCUGCACGUCCGGGCGGUGGGUCUCAACGACACCAUCCAUUAUGUCUGGAGUACCAUCGGGGCACCCACGGUGUUGCUAGUCUACACAAGAAGCCAGAGCAGUGGUCUCCACGUCAACUGGACCCGGCUCCUCUCCCCCUCGCCCUCCGGAGCCAUCCAGGUCGAGCCAGCUGGAAGCGUUUUGUAUUCCAUGGCUGUCAUCUUUUCCAAGGUAAGCUUGGAGGGCUGCGGAGUCUGAAAUGAAGGCAGGAGGUGGUGUGUGGGGUCAUAGAAGUGGGGUGGAAUGAGAAUGGCAGCAGUGGGGAGAAAAGGGGUGUGAAUAUAACUGCUCCAGGACAUUGGGCAUCAUCUGGCUAGCCACUAUGAGAACACGGUGCUGGGCUAGAUGGGGCCUCCUUUGGCCUAAUCCAGCUGGGCUCGUCCUACAUUAACACGGAUGUUUCUAGGUGUUUGAGUACAACGGUACAAAGACCUCGGAUCUCUCCAAAGCUAAUGCAAGCAGCUUCUACCCUACCUAUGAGUUGGCCAACUUCACCUGGGACAGCCUUGAUGGCAGGCUGAACGAGACUACUUUGACAGCGACGUUUCAGGGGGUUGGCACCGACUCUGGAGGAACCUUCCGGAACGGAAGCAUCUCCUUCCAGGUAAAAAAGGGCGUGGCUUCCCCUCCGACAGGUCAGACAGCCAGUUGCUGCGUGUUGUCAUGACGGGCUGUUGUAGAUCAUGCCGUAUAUCUAAUAAGUGAUGCAAGGUAGAAUUUUUCUCUCUUUGACAAUGGAUGGGUGUCAGUUGCAAAUAAAUAUAAGGCGGCUUCGUUGUUGUUUUUUUCAAACUUGGUUCGCUAGAUGCAAGUCAAAUAAACAUGCUAAAUUAGAUCACUUUUUCGGGAGGGCAUGGGGAACAUCUGUGGCUGCGCAUAGUUAAACUAUGGAACUCGCUGCCACAGGAGGCAGGGAUGGCCACCAAUUUGGAUGGCUUUGAAAGAGGAUUCAACAGAUUCAUGGAGGAGAAAGCUAUCAAUGGCUACUAGCCGUAAUGACUAUGCUCCGUCUCCAUACUUGGAGGCAGCAAAGCUUAUGAAUACCAGCUAUGGAAACCACAGGAGUGGAGAAGGUUCUUGUGCUCAGGUGCUGCUUGCGGGUUUCCCAUAAUGGGCGUCUGGUUGGCCACGGUGGGAACAGGAUGCUGGACUAGAUGGGCCACUGGAAUUGAAAUGGAAUUGAAAUAUAAGGAAUUGAAGGAGGAGGGUUGGGGAACCUUUGGCCCUACAUAUGUAGCUUGAUCCAGCCCCCAUUGUCUCCACUGGCCGUACUGUUUGGGGCUCAUGAGAGUUGGCAGUCCAAUGAUACACCUGGACAGCCGUGGCUUCUCCGCCCUGGGCUGUUUUUAUCCAGCUAUGCCACAGCACGUCUCUCGCAACUGCAGGGCACGCACUGUGAGACUCUCUUGCCUAACCAGCCCACUUUCCACCGUUGGCGGUCCCCGUCGCUGCUCCCCAGGUGACGGCGUAUGAAGAGACCAGCCGCGACGGCCCGCUCCCGCGUCUCCUGCACACGGCCAACAGCUCCAAGGUGGACUUUGUCAUGCGCGGGGUCGCUCCUCGGGGCAACCGCUCUCGCUUUGCGCUGGAGAUCGUCACUGUGGAGGAGAGAGGCGGGCAGAAGCAGUUGGAAUCCACCCGCUCGAUCGACGACGAGUAUACGCCGACCAUAUUCGAGGUAAUCCCGCUGCUGGCGUAUGAAACGUGCAGAAAGGUGCCUCUGAAAUGUGUGCAGAGUGUCAUUUCCCUGCUAUCUAGCCACGCUUAGCUCCAAGUAUUGAGGUUAGGAAAAGGGGCUUCUGGCUUAAGAGGGUACCAGGGAGGUAGGUAUUAGCCCUAAAAUCCCAAACUGAGGCUGGAUGGCCAUCGGCCAGGGAUUCCUUAGCUGUGAUUCCUGCAUCGUAGGGUGUUAGGACUAGAGGGCUCUUGGUUCCCCUUCCAACUCUAUGAUUCCUCUUGCCUGGAAAUUAUUUACUGUAUUUUUCCAUGUAUAACAUGUCCCCGUGUAUAGUACGACCCCUAUUUUUUGGGACUCCAAAUUGAGGAAAUGUGGGGAGAUUGCCCACAGUUGGUGAGCUUUGGGGGGGGGGUUGCCAACAAUCGCUCACCCGCCUGACUGCCACUGCCAAUCCCACGCAUCGGUGAAGCCACCAGCAGCCGCCUAUCACCCGCCCAAAUGCCACAGCGGCAAAUCGCCGGCAGACCUUGCCGCAGCCACCAAUCACCAGACCAGUUCUGUGAGGUAGGUUAGAGAGAGACAGACAAACAGACACAAACAGAGAGAGCAGUUGCCUCAAGUUGACUUAUUAUUAAUAGUAGUAGUAAUAAGCCAGUGGUAUCAUUACACUUUAAAUCAGGGGUAGGCAACCUAAGGCCCAGGGGCCGGAUACAGCCUAAUUGCCUUCUAAAUCCGGCCCACGUAUGGUCCUGGAAUCAGCGUGUUUUUACAUGAGUAGAAUGUGUCCUUUUAUUUAAAAUGCAUCUCUGGGUUAUUAGUGGGGCAUAGGAAUUCGUUCAAUUUUUUAUUUUUUAUUUUCAAAAUAUAGUCCGGCCCCCCACAUGGUCUGAGGGACGGUGGACUGGCCCACAGCUGAAAAAGGUUGCUGACCCCUGCUUUAAAUGUAUGGUGUGAAUGUGGCCCUAAUUUCAUGAAUGCCCUCUUUUCCUUUCCUUGGAGCAGAUGGCCCAGCUGGUUUCUGUCCCCCGCAACAACAGCGCUGGGUUCAGCUUCCUCCAAUGGAAGACGGCAGCGUACAGCGCCUUGCAGCCCAAGCGGGAAGACACUGUCCACUGCGAGUAUUACCAGCUGGAGACGGAGAAUCGCACCGUUCCUCGGCCUAGCAUAGCCCACGCCUACUUUGGGGAGGAGCUGGAGGUCCACAACGGCGUGGCCGCCAUCAACAUCUCCUUCGGCAGCGAGGACAGCGAGGCCUACCAAGAAAAGAGCUACCUGAGCUGGUGAGAAGCGGUCCUGGGGGGAUAGGUUUCUUUUCUCUGUGUAAAAAACAGGUGGGGAAAAGGAGGCCCCUCUUAACCCCUACGCCACACGGACAGUGGAUGGAGAGGAGGGAGAAGCAAGUCUAUAAGUUGAGGUAAAGGGACCCCUGACCAUUAGGUCCAGUCGUGGCCGACUCUGGGGUUGCGGCGCUCAUCUCGCUUUAUUGGCUGAGGGAGCCGGCGUACAGCAUCCGGGUCAUGUGGCCAGCAUGACUAAGCCGCUUCUGGUGAACCAGAGCAGCGCAUGGAAACGCUGUUUACCUUCCUGCCGGAGCGGUACCUAUUUAUCUACUUUGAUGUGCUUUCAAACUGCUAGGUUGGCAGGAGCAGGGACCGAGCAACGGGAGCUCAUCCCGUCGCGGGGAUUCGAACCACCCACCUUCUGAUCGGCAAGCCCUAGGCUCUGUGGUUUAACCCACAGUGCCACCUGUGUCCCAUAUUAUGCUGAGGUAUUGGUUAACAAUUUCUCUUCUCUCCCCCCACCCCACCUGUCACCCCUUCCAGGUCUGCGCUGAUUGGCUUUGGCGAGCCCCCCAAGGACGGGUUCUCCCCCCUCGUGAUCGCAAUCCUCGCAGUGGGGCUGGGGACUCCAGUGCUGCUCCUGGUGGGGGGCAGCAUCACCGUCCUCGUCUCUCGGAAGAAGCCCUAUUCAGAGUACGAACCCAUCAACUGAGUGUUGUCAGUGGACAGUUGCCCUCAGCGGCUUGGCCAAACUGGCUUCUGGUAGCUUAACUCCAGCUGUUUCUGGGGAAUGUUUCUUCUGUUUCCUUCAGGGGGACGUCUCAGUGGCUUAAUUUAUCUCCUGGUGAAGAUGCUCUGGUCUGCUUACUGUGUUUGGGUACCCUCAGUAGAUGGAUGGUGCUACCUGGUGGAGCCAUUUGCACCUGUAUUCUCUUGUGGAGGGAGGAGGGAUGUGAGUUUCAAUAGUUCGGCUGCUUAUCAGGAUCACUCCCCAGAAGUUUCCCUUUCUACCACUUGAAAUUACUGUCACUCUACCGUGAUAUGUGCAGUUCUCAAUAUUCCAGAAGCACAGGGGUGUUUACAAUGGGACAGGGAAUGUGUGGACCAUUAGACAUACUUGGACUCCAGCUGCUGUCGUCAUCCCUGACCAAGGGCUGCUGGGAGUCGGAGUCUGUUGGCAUCUCGAGGGCUGCAAGUUCCCGGUCCCUGGUUUACGGUGCCCAUUUCCCAAAGAGGGUUCUGUGGUUUUUCUUUCGCUGGGGGAUGCUGGAGAGGCUGAAUUGUCUUUUCAUUUCCCCCACCAAACACCCUGCGAUAAGCUUUGGGGAGGGGUAGUAUUUUGGGUUCUCCGUUCCCUCAGACAUUCACUUUCUUACCCUCUCAAAAGAUAACGGCGUCUUUGCACUGCAUUGCUUCAUCAACAAUCUCUUGACCAGACAUCUUUCCAAAGAUAUGUUCUGACUUUCAUUUUUUUUUAAAAAAAGCAUUGUCUUGUUCUCAACGGGUGACAUUUACAAAGUACUGUUUUUUUAAAAAAAAAAUUUGCUGAAAUGCCUCCUACAGUUGCAAACUUCUUUUCCAAUUGAGGCUCCUCUGUAUUAUUUUUUUAAAGGGAACAAAGCUUUCCCCUGGUGGAGCCCUUCCGAGAUGGUGGAGGCUGCAGCUGUUUCUCUUGCUGUGCAAUAUAAUGAUGGUGGUGGUGAUGAUUUGAACAGCUAUAUCCUCUGGUUCUCUCUCUCCGUGAUACAGCUGUCAAAUGUGGGAAGGGAAGCUGGCAACCCGUUUGUCUUUUUCCCCCACAAAAAGGGUAAGCCACUGUUGUUGUGUUUACAGGCUAACGGCCGUGAAACAAAGGACAAAUUGCACUAUUGACUGUUAAGUAAUGCACCUUUUUCUUAUUCUGGAAGUUAGGGUCAGAAAACCAGGACAUCCCAAAAUUGUUGAGCUUUUUUUAAAAAGGAAAUCUCCGAAAUAGUUGAGGUCAAUUGUCAGAGGACCGCUUGAAGAGCCAGUUCGGAAGCUCUCGUUUGAAGCGAGAAGGGCUUCCAUUUGGGCUGUGUGGACAUCUUUUGGGGUUGGUAAGGGGAAGCCAAUUCUGAUUCCUUUGUUGGUGUGAAGCAUCACAGCACAGCCCAAGGCAAAUCUCCCCAACCUGGUGCCUUCUGGAUGUUGUUCAACCCAGCCAGCACGGCCAAUACUCAGGGAUGAUGGGAAGUCUGGUUCAGCAAUAUCUGAAGGGCGGCAGGUUGGGGAAGGUAGGUCAUGGGGAGGGUUCAUUUGCAGAGGUGGUCGGGGAGUUUAUAUGCAUUUCCAGCUGCCACUUGUCUCUUGUGGACCAAUUAAAGAUUAUUUUGUUUUGGAAUUGGUUUUGUGCGGUUUCUGUAGGCUAAUGCCUCUUUCUUUUGGAGCUAAAUUUAGGGAGGUGAAGAAUCGUUUCUUAAUUUUCAAUAUUGGUAUGUGGUCGUUUUUUAAACCCUUUCUAUUUAAGGAAAGGUCAAAGGUCAGCAGCCUAUUCAUCUUUUGUUGUGUUUCCAUAGAGUGACUGUGAAACAGUGGAAUCUACAUGUUUUUCACUUCUGCCAUUACUGUUCCCGAUUUUGCAAUCCUCUGGCUGGCUUCCUGCCACCCCCCUCUGCAAACUGCCAAUCCCACUUCCUAUUGUGCAAUGCAGGCAGCACUGAUAACAGGCACCCUCCUGAGCCUGCGUUCUUCCUGGAUCUUCCUCGUCCUCACUGCUGGUCUGUCUUUCAGGUAGCCUGCUUCUGUUGCCAUUUCUCCACCCUGCUUUUGCUCUUUUGCUCCAGGACAGAAAUGGGAAUAAGCAUGAGGGCAAGAGCAGAGCCUCUUGGCUAAGGCUGCAUUUGUUGCUGUUGUCGAGAAAUCACACUAGCAGUAGUAAUUGCAAAGAUAGCAAAUGAUCUGCAGAGGCUGGAUUAUCUUUGCUGUUACAAAGCCGUGUGCAAAACUUAGCUUAGCUUCCUUGCCCUGCUGGUGUCACCCUGAACUGAUUCCCCACCCCCAUACAACCAUGUCUAAAUCACUUUGGUUCCUUCUGCCUUGGCUGCUGUCAUUUAUUUAUUUUGUAAAAUUGAUUGUAAAAGGACGCCCUCAAACCAGUUUACAAGAAAUAAUAAAAUUGCCAUUAAGAAGAAUUAACCAAUAAUUUAAAACUUCUAGAAAGUUAAACUAAAGAGAGAAUAAAACUCACAUCAACUUUC